AUGCGCAGUGGGCUGGCCGACUGUGCCACAAGCCUGCGGGGGAAUGUCUCAAGGUUCCUUCUUCUGUGCUCGGCUGCUUUCGUUGCUCGCAUUGGCUGGGAGUGGGCUUUGAUGGCCGAUACGCCCCUCGCAGUGCAGGAGAUGAUGUCAAAAGGUAUCGCAACGCCAGGAAGCUCAUGCAACCUGUCCACUGCGUCAGGGAGUGGACAGCAGGCUGGCUGGCAAAAUGACAAGUGUGUCCUGUGGGUUGGUGGGGCAGAGGGAUACACCAACCAGAUUCUGUCCAUGCUGGAUGUCUAUAGGCAGGUGCAGCCUAAAACGCUCGUCAUGGCUCCCAUGCGCACCGAGCAUGCCUAUCCCGGCACAAACCCGCCACAGUGUUUGGACGAUGUGCUUGAGCUCCACAACACGGCGUGCCUUCAUGCUAGUAAGGCCACACCGGAGGAUGACCGCGACGAAGUCGUGAGCGCCAUGAACUGCAGCUUUGAUGCCAGGGAGUCGGGUGCGCUGCAAGGGAGGCAGGAGCUCGGCGACCACUACUUGUAUUGGGGUCUUCACCACGAGGAGUCGUGGAGUCAUCUGCCGAAGAUUGCAUUCAACAGCUCAUCACCAAGCUUGAACUGCGUGUUUUCGCGUUCCUGGAGUAGCAAGAGCUGGAGCUUCUGGCCGUCUCGCCUGAAGAUCAAGCAGGCGUACGUGGAGCUUUUCCAGGAAAUUCGGCAGAAUUCUUUCGGCGCUUCGCCCUACUUGGCUGUCCACUGGCGUCGGGGCGACCAGCUGGUGACCAAAUGCCGAGCCGGAAUGGACACUUCGGCUAACUGUGGCUCGGCGCACGACUUGCAGCGCCUCGUCAACAAGAAGCU